CGGACCUACAAUGACAAAUAAAAAAAGUAGGGAUGAGCGCCAUGUCUGAUUCAAGCGUAGUGUAAUAGAGAACGGGACAUUUUAACGUUUUAGCUCCAGGGUCGGGGAUCGCGUUCGGUCUCGGUAUCGAGGAUGUCCGAGGGCGCAGGUGUUCAGCAGGGCUCCCCGGCCAUCGGUGCGGCGGGAUCGGCUCCUGCGGCUCCGGGAGCCGGGGGAACGGAGGGUUCGGGCGCCACGGUAGGAUCGGCACGAAUCGCGGCGAAGAAGGCGCAGCUCCGCUCCUCCCCGCGCCCUAAGAAACUGGAGAAGCUCGGAGUGUAUUCCUCUUGCAAGGCUGAGGGGGCCUGUAAGUGUAACGGCUGGAAGAGCCAGAAUCCCCCUCCCACUCCGCCCCGUACAGACCAGCAGCCCAACACUGUCAACCUGCUGGAGCCCUGCCGCAGUUGUUCCCACACACUGGGUGACCAUGUAACCCACCUAGAGAACGUCUCAGAGGAGGAGAUGAACAGGCUUCUGGGUAUAGUCCUAGAUGUGGAGUACCUGUACACAUGUGUUCACAAAGAAGAGGAUGCUGACACCAAACAAGUCUACUUCUCCCUCUUCAAGCUGUUGAGGAAAUGCAUCCUACAGAUGGGCAAACCUGUAGUGGAGGCGCAGGAAAGUCCUCCCUUUGAGAAACCCAGCAUCGAACAGGGGGUGAAUAACUUUGUCCAGUACAAGUUCAGCCAUCUUCCCUCCAAGGAGCGUCAGACCAUUGUGGAGCUGGCCAAGAUGUUCCUCAACCAGAUCAACUACUGGCAGCUGGAGACGCCCUCACAGAGACGACAGCGGGCGCCUGCUGAUGAUGCUGCCGGGUACAAAGUCAACUACACCAGAUGGCUGUGCUACUGCAAUGUCCCCCAGUUCUGUGACAGUCUACCGCGGUACGAAAUGACCCAGAUCUUCGGUCGGACUCUGCUGGGCUCAGUCUUCACUGUGAUGAGGAAACAGCUGCUAGAGCAGGCCAGGCAGGAGAAGGAUACGUUACCCCCGGAGAAACGCACUCUCAUCCUUACACACUUCCCCAAAUUCCUGUCCAUGUUGGAGGAGGAAGUGUACAGUCACAGCUCUCCCAUCUGGAGCGAAGACUUCCUGGUUGGAUCCACAGGAGAACAGAUCCCCAUCCAUACAGUGAUCAGUGCGCCCCCGGUGGCCAGGCCUCUGUACUACAGCACCAGCCCAGUAUCAGUGGACCCAUCUAGCUGUGGCACUGUCAGUCCUGCCAGGAAGACAGCCUCUGCUCUGGAACCCAGCCCAGGUGGUCAGAAGCGGAAGCCAUCGGAUCCCAUCCACCAUGACGAAACUAAGAAGCUCAGGAUCGUCGGCGACAUCCCCAUGGAACUCAUCAACGAAGUCAUGGCAACCAUUACUGACCCGACCUCCAUGCUGGGACCAGAGACCAGCCUGCUGUCGGCCCACUCAGCCCGUGAUGAGGCGGCACGCCUGGAGGAGAGGAGGGGGGUGAUAGAGUUCCACGUCAUCGGGAACUCCCUCAACCAGAAGCCCAACAAAAGGAUCCUGAUGUGGUUGGUGGGCCUCCAGAACGUCUUCUCCCACCAGCUGCCUCGCAUGCCCAAAGAGUACAUCACACGCCUCGUCUUCGACCCGAAGCACAAGACGCUGUCGCUGAUCAAAGAUGGCCGUGUGAUUGGAGGAAUCUGUUUUCGGAUGUUUCCCUCACAGGGUUUCACAGAGAUCGUGUUCUGUGCCGUUACCUCCAAUGAGCAGGUCAAGGGGUAUGGCACUCACCUGAUGAACCACCUGAAAGAAUAUCACAUCAAGCACGACAUCCUUAACUUCCUCACCUACGCAGACGAGUACGCCAUUGGCUACUUCAAAAAGCAGGGCUUCUCUAAAGACAUCAAGGUUCCCAAGGCCAAGUAUCUGGGCUACAUCAAAGAUUAUGAGGGAGCGACGCUGAUGGGCUGUGAGCUCAACCCCAGCAUCCCUUACACCGAGUUCUCCGUCAUCAUCAAGAAACAGAAGGAGAUCAUAAAGAAACUGAUAGAGAGGAAGCAGGCUCAGAUCAGAAAGGUCUACCCAGGACUUUCCUGUUUUAAGGAAGGAGUUCGGCAGAUUCCCAUUGAGAGCAUUCCUGGAAUACGAGAAACUGGAUGGAAACCGGUGGGAAAAGGGAAGGAGCUGAAGGAUCCAGAUCAGCUGUACAGCACACUGAAGACCAUCUUACAACACGUUAAGAGUCACCAGAAUGCCUGGCCGUUCAUGGAACCAGUGAAGAAGACUGAGGCUCCUGGUUACUACCAAGUCAUCCGCUUCCCCAUGGACCUGAAGACGAUGUCUGAGCGUCUGAAGAGCAGGUACUACACCACGCGGAAGCUCUUCAUGGCCGACAUGCAGCGCAUCUUCACCAACUGUCGAGAGUACAACCCUCCAGAGAGCCAGUACUACAAGUGUGCCAACCUGCUAGAGAAGGUCUUCUACACUAAGAUCAAGGAGGCGGGCCUCAUUGAGAAGUGAAGGGAUGGGAGGGGCUUCAAGGGAGAUGGGAGGGGCUUAAAGGGAGAGUGGUUUAGUUCUAAUGAUUUUCAAAAGGUUUUUAUUGUCUUAGUCUUUAUUUUUCUACUCUUGUCAACCAGAAAAACAGUAGGACCGGCUAUAUGGUGUAGGGAGGAGGGUUUUAGGUUCAUUGGAAUACUCAAUGUCUGCUGUUCUAUCACUCUCUUCUCUCCAUCCUUGUCAUACUGCCUCCUCUGUCUUUUACUGUGUUUUAUCAGUCUCUGCUUCUCCUUGCUCCGCCUUGUCUUUGUUGACUCAGGAAAACAGAUGUCAUGUAGAAACUCCACCUGUACAGCUAACCUAACCCUACAUCUGUUCAGAGUCCUACUACAUGCAGAAACUCCACCUGUACAGCUAACCUAACCCUACAUCUGUUCAGAGUCCUACUACAUGCAGAAACUCCACCUGUACAGCUAACCUAACCCUACAUCUGUUCAAAGUCCUACUACAUGCAGAAACUCCACCUGUACAGCUAACCUAACCCUACAUCUGUUCAGAGUCCUACUACAUGCAGAAACUCCACCUGUACAGCUAACCUAACCCUACAUCUGUUCAGUCCUACUACAUGUAGACGUCACAUCUGUAAACAACUGGACUGUCUGGGAGAAACAGGAAGGGAUAAUCAGCCAGUCAGUUACUCAGCCAUUCAGUCUGUCGGUCUCCAGAUUGGUGUUACUGGGUCGUAAUGGUGCAGGGUGAAGUUGCCCCUAGAGUCAGUUUAGCAUUUUCCCUACUAAUGAUAACCGUUAUGAUUGUGGGAUGGGAAGCUGAUCCUUGAUCUGUACCUAGAGGAAACCUCUCCUCAGGAGCCAUAGUAAUCAGUCAUUAGUUCUAAUGUGUAUGUGUGUGUUACCUAAAGCGUGUGUGAGUGUACGCAUGACGUCAUGCGAGGUCUGUGUCUCAGAAUGUAUGAGGUCAAAGUUUCUAUGUAUGUUAUUAGAGUUCAUCCUGCCAAAAAAAGGAAAAUUAUAUUUCAAAUCCAUAUGUAUACAUUAAGUAAUUCAAGAGGUUAAACCUCUUGAAUUAUUUAAUGUAUAUUUUCAAUGUACUGUAUAUAAGUUACCCGUCUUGCUUGUCCAUGUAAAAAGUCCCAUAAGGCAAAAGGUGACCAUGGAAAUGCCCUUAUUUAUUUUUCAAGCAACUAUUCGGCACCACAUGGUGAAUAACAACAUUUUUGUUUUCCAUCGAGCGGUUUUGUGUUUUUAGGGAAAUGCACGCUAUGGCUUAUUUAACUAUGUAUAGUUCAUCCUUAUUUAUGUACUAUAAUUUAAAGGAAUAAUGCUUAACAAAAGGUCUUAAUUUAUUUUGCCUAAUUAUUUCUGUCUAGCAAAUGGAGAUUGCUACCUUUGUACUUUGAAGAUAAAAGAAAAGAGAUUGUGCAGUACUAUCUUGUUUUUCUGUUUUGUAUAAAGAUGUUUGUACUUUUUAAACUAUAGGAUAAAUCUGGAUUUUGUGAUAUGUCUGGAAGAGUUAUUACAUGGCCUUUGUACUAUUGCUUUUAAUGCCGUAGUUAUAACCAAUUUUAUAGACUGAUUAAAAUAGAAGUGAAAAUAA